AUGUUAAAGGUGUACUCCAGGAUAAAUCAAAAUUUUUAUCCUCAAAAACAUCUACCCAAUACAUAUUUUGGUGGUAGCUGCACACUUGGAAAAACUAUUCACAAUACAAUAUCGCUAAAGUUUCCCCAAGUUGCUGCUCUAAAGUUGCCUACCAAUGUUGUCAAUAUUAAUGCAACAGAAAUGGGAAGUGAUAAGCUUAACAUGAAAAUUGAUAUCACUGUGCAAUCAGAUCCUUAUGUAAACAAAUAUGAUUGCCGUGGAGCCGUGAAUUUGUCUUCAUCAAUGCAAAGUAAUGUGCCAAGUCCAUUUAGUGGCAACCACACUCACUUGGGUAUGCCAGGUUCCCAGUGGGGCCAAGGAUAUAAGUAUUUAUCUGAUAACCUUCAAAGUGCUCAUUAUCUCACUCUCAGAAAUGAAUAUCGGGGCAUUAUUGGAGGAAUUGGAACAAGAAAAAUGAGUGCAAAUGCGAGUGAUACAUUAAGUGCUAAGGAUAAGUUAAAAAAAGCUGUUAAGGAUUAUGGUGCUACCGUAAUUGUAUUUCAUGUGUCAAUCUCACUUAUGUCUUUGGGAAUUUGUUAUGUGCUGGUUUCCAGUGGUGUGGACUUAGUGGCUGUGAUGAAAUAUUUUAAUAUUGGAGAGGGAAAACUAUCAAAUAUGAUUACAUCCAAUGCAGGGACCUUUGUCAUUGCUUAUGCUAUUCACAAAGUUUUAGCACCUGCCAGAAUAGGCAUCACAUUGACAUCAACACCUUUUAUUGUACAAUACUUAAGAAAUAAGGGUAUUUUAAAGGCAACAAAAGUAAACAAAGGUGGUGGUAACUAA